AGGAUGAGGGGGGCGGCAGUCAACAUACUCUCCCUUCCUACACGCGGUAAUUUUUUAAUCAGCAAUGACUAAAGGUACCAGCUCCUUCGGUAAACGCCACACCAAGACCCACACCCUCUGCAGACGUUGUGGUAACCGUGCUUUCCACAAGCAAAAGAAGACAUGUGCUCAAUGUGGAUAUCCUUCUGCCAAGAUUAGAUCCUUCAACUGGUCCGAAAAGGGCAAGAGAAGAAAGACCACUGGUACCGGUCGCAUGUCCCACUUGAAGGAGGUCCAUCGUCGUUUCAAGAACGGUUUCCGUGAAGGUACUCAAGCCAAGAAGCAAACUGCUGCUGCUACUGCUUAAAUACGACACAGUAUCACUCACACAUAAACACGCGCGUCUUUUUAUAAUAAAAACAAGCAUAUUUAAACUUGAUUUUUAUUUUCACACAACAAAACCAUAAAAAACACAUUUACAAGUUGUGACCAGAGAUGAAGAACCACUUGUCAAUAGAAGGAUCAAUAGGUGCAGCAGGUUGAGGGGCGGCCUA